GAGAUGUCCUCCGCGGUGGACUUGUCCGCGUUACGGUUUCGCGUUCUCCCUGAUUUUACGACGAGCGACCCGUUGUCCGGUGACCAGGAUCGUCCGCGCCUCGUCGUCGACGUGCUCGUCGUGGAAUCGAGUCGUCAGAUUGCGCCGACAACUCGAUAAGAGGACAGAGAACGACGCGGAGAUUCUCCCGAGUGAACGAACUCUCUUCUCUCUCUCGGAAGCGGCGCGCCCGAAUUCUAACGCGUCCUCGCCGGCCGCGGAGGCUGCGAAUCUCUGCGGCGCCACCCGAUCCGAGGCGACGCGAUCACGUGGCUGGGCUGUUCUCCGUUUGUCCUCUCCUCCGAAUCUCUGUUUACUCCCGUUCGAUCUCGUGUGCGCGCGCGAACGCACAAGUGCGGGAAUUGAUGAACAGUGUAGCAGCGAGAGAGCGACACGUCGGAAUCGGGAUGUGACGGGUUUAUUCUCUUCCAUGGAGCCCGGAGAGGGCUGCCUGUCUACGUCGAGGAGACGCAGAGGAGACGGUGAGAUCGUCGUCGGCGCGGCAAUAAAAAUAGAAGAAGGAUCUCUCCUUGGACACGUGGAUAUCUUAUUUCUACAUUUAAUAAGUCAUCAUCCCGGUCCAAGGGGUCGUCCCGAGGGUCCGCGAGGGUGAUGCUCUUGGCGAGCGCGAGUGAGGAGUCCCGGGCGGCCUUUUCUCCCUUCGUGCCCAUCAAGGGAGAAGGAGAGGGUCUGGGCAGCAGCAGUUGCAACCGAGGAAGCGGCGGCCAGCGCGGAGGAGCGCCUCCUGGUGCACGGCGGUGCUCCUCUAACGGCGGCUAGGAGGGAGUUAUGGUGUCUCGUGCAUGCAAUGACUGUGGCCGCCGCAGCCGUGACACUGUGGCAUCGUGCCCACCUCUACAAGGCGCUCGCCUGCAUCGUCCUCGCCCUGAUCGCCGUCCAGUAUCUGCUUAGCGGCGGCGUGAUCGAUCGUCGCUCCAUCGAAACCAUUUUCACAAUCAACGCGACCAGGUACGCGGAUCGUUCUUAUAGGACCCAUCCGCGCGGCCUGAUCAUAUACGGUCCGGCAACCGCGGUGCCGAGUUUAACCGGGGGUGGCAAUGUAUCCUCGACGACGAUACUCUCAAUACUGGCCAAGGGUCUGUCGAAUUCGUCCAGAUUCGAGCCUGUGCCAACCAGAAAUCUGGUCGGCGGUAGUGGAGCAACGCGAGAACUUCCGGUUGCGAACGCGACUAAUAACACGACGAUGCCACGAUGUCCUCUCAUCCCACCGAAUCUGGUUGGACCGGUGGCCGUCAGUAAGUCACCGCCACCGUUGUCUGAGAUGGAGAGGUCAUUCGUGGAGGUGAAGGCAGGCGGCAGGGGUCGGCCAGCGGAUUGCAUCGCCAGGCAUCGUGUCGCCAUAAUCAUUCCAUUCCGCGACCGACCGCAGCAUCUGCAGACCCUUCUCUACAAUCUGCAUCCGAUCCUACUGCGCCAGCAGAUCGAGUAUCAGAUCUUCGUGAUCGAGCAGGAAGGUACCGGAGCCUUUAAUCGAGCAAUGCUUAUGAACGUCGGCUAUGUGGAAGCUCUGAAAGAAAGAAUCUUCGACUGUUUCAUCUUUCACGAUGUUGACCUACUUCCGGAGGACGAUAGGAAUUUGUACACCUGUCCCGAACAGCCCAGACACAUGUCGGUCGCGGUGGACAAAUUCAAGUACAGAUUACCUUACGCUGACCUUUUUGGCGGCGUGUCCGCAAUGUCGCGCGAACACUUCCAACUGGUAAACGGCUUCAGCAACGUCUUCUGGGGUUGGGGUGGCGAAGAUGACGAUAUGGCGAAUCGCAUCAAGGCUCACGGCCUGCAUAUCUCGCGCUAUCCGGCGAACGUCGCGCGCUAUAAAAUGCUCACGCACAAAAAGGAGAAGGCCAAUCCGAAGAGGUACGAGUUCCUGAAAACAGGCAAGAAGAGGUUUUCCACUGACGGACUAGCCAACUUGCAGUACGAACUGAGCGAUAAACGGAAGCCGAAAUUAUACACAUGGCUUCUUGUGAGACUGACGCCACCGCAGCCUAGCUGAUGGCUACCCUGGCUCGGCUGAAGACUCCUGCGCGCCAAGUUUACACCGAGUAGCAGGAUUGUUCGCGUUGCGAGAGCGCACGUCUUUAGAGUUUGCCAUUCAUCGAUGGAACAAGAUCAAGGACAAGAAUCAUUUGUGCGAAAUCCGUUUGCGAGAGAAGCGCGGUGUCUUUCUCCUAAAUAUGCCGAUUCGUUGACGAGAAGAGGUUUCGAGUGCACUGGCUAUUUGUAUCCUUAACUGACCUAGCCGCAGACACUUCUGGCACAUCCGAUGCAUAGUGCGAUUCGUUAAAAGUAAAAAGCUCGAAUAAGAAAUGUUUUGUAAGAUUUCGUAACCCUUAAUUAAGAAAAAUUCCAUACAGUGAUAUAACAUCUAUGUAUUUAGAAUCUUUCUGCGCCAUUCACAUUUCCCCGGAAAUUGAUCGUUUUUUAUAUUCUUUCCUUUUCCAUCGAACAAUGAGAGAAAAUUAAUAAAGCAGAAGAAAUAUGUCAUUUGCAUAUUGUAUUAUUGGGGAAGGACUAUGUAAAAUGAACAAUUCCGGGAAGUUUGGCGCGCAGGAGACGCGGAAAGAUCAUUGCGAAGCUAGAGCGCGUUAAGGGUUAUGAAGAAGAGAAAGAUGCUUUCAUAUAGGAGUUGUCGAGUAUCUCGCCGCUGCGGGAGGGCCUCUCCCUCAGUUUGCCCCUUCUCCUAAGGGAGAAGGACGUUGUUACGUGAUAUAUUUUUAUUCCUCAUAUUUUUUUAUCGCGACGAUAGGCUAGAGAGCGAGUAGAGAGUAGCAUACGAGCUGACGUGCCAAAGGAGAGAAUGUGUGUGUGUGCGUGCUGUGCGAGAGAUAGUACGAAAGAGAAGGAGAGAGAAAAUACGAGGAAAAAAUCGCGAGAGGAUGAGGAAGCUCGAGUAUCCUUCUUAAAGCCAAGCUACGAUAUUAUAUACAAAGCAAACUGUCGUCGCUAUUGAGGGAACUUUACAGAGCUUCCAUUUUUACGACUUAUAUGUCCUAUCCACCGUUAGGCGAUCAUCGUGCACGAUAAGUCUCGAAAAAAAAGCAACCCGGAUAAUGAACCUGAGAAAUCGUACGAUAGCCUAUUAAUAAUAAUGAGUCAGCCAGUAAUUCAUCUUGAAUAUUUAAUGUGAAAGUUAGCAGAGACGACCUUCAGAUUCUUCCACGCUAAUGAGAAAUUAAACCGUAUGAUUCUAAAGAUAGAGUGGAUUAGAGUGCGUAAUGAAAGAAAGAAUAUAUAAGAGAGAGGAUAAUAUUGCGGAUAAAGUUUCUCGUGGGCUAAUCAUGCGAGACGUAACGCGAGAGGUUCUGAAUCACUUUUCAAGGUCGUGUAUCACUCGUUAAACCUUGAUCCAAGCGCGUUCUAAAUUUGUAACACGAGCCUCGGGAACUUAUGUUUUUACGAGGUUGUAAAUUAUCAGUUUAGUUUGUUGCGAGAGAUUGAUUUCUCGGUGAAUAUGAGCGAGAACGGCUCUGUGAAACGAAGAAAUGGUACUUAAUUGUUUGAUAGUGUGAGGAUACGCAUACUUUGCGUAUAUUUAGAUAUGAAAUAGAGUUAUUUGUUUGCCUCAAAAUAUUAAAAAUUCAUCAGUAUAAAAAUCAUAUUUUUCUUUUAACAGACAUGGAUUGAUCUUCAGGAUUUAGUUACAGAAAUAUCUCAAACGAUCUUUAGCAGUUUCUAAUUAACAUCAGAUAAACAUUUAACUUUAGUUUAUCCAUUGCAGUUCUUUAUUUUCGUAUAAAACUAGAAUCAAGAAGAAAUGAAGAACCACUUAAGAGCAGUAAUUGAAAAACUUUGACAAAUACUUUUCUAAUAAAACAUGAAUUAUUUAAUUAACCCCGAUCAACAGAUGUUAACGGUUGCUUAAACGAGAUAAUGUGAAUAUAUAUCUAUUAAAUGAUUGAAAUCCACUUGAAUAUACGCGAACGGCAAGGUUUAUACGCGAAAUGAUAGCGAGCGCAGUCAAGACUUAGGAUACAC